AUGUUCGGCAAGCGCGGCCCAGCUGUGGAGGAGACACAUGCUUCCCUGCGUGACCACAUCUUAAACCGGGACAAUGGCGCGCUUGAGGCUUCUCUCGCAUCGCUCCGCUGGGCCAGCACUGCCGUCAAUCACCGCUCGUCCGACACGACGCCGCUGCUGCUUCUCGCUGCGACGCAGGACGACGCGCCGUCUGUGUCGCUGCUGCUCAGGGCACGCGCCAGCAUCAACAUAGCUGACAGCUCGGGCGCCACUGCCGCCUUUGUCGCCGCUCGCAGCAACGCUGCCGCCGCGCUCGAGGUGCUGAUUCGCAGCGGCUGCGACGUCAACCAACCGCGCGCGUCUGGGGCGACGCCGCUGUACGUCGCAGCACAAAACGACUCGCGAGCCGCGCUCGCGAUGCUGAUCGCGGGCGGCGCCGCUGUCGACGCGCAAAAAGAGGGAGGCUUCACGCCCCUCCUUAUCGCGGCGAUGCGCGGCCACGCACCGUGCGCCGGCGCCGACCCAGACCGCGCGUACGAUGUCGCGGACCGGUGGAGUGCGCUGAUGGUUGCGGCACACCUGGACCAGCGCGACGUGCUCGAGGCGCUCUGCCGGGCGGGAGCUUCGGUGCUGCUCCGCGACGCUGGCGGGCGGACGGCGCGGGAGGUAGCCGAGGCGGCGGGGCACGAGUCGGCGGCCGCGCUGCUGCAGGGGCGGGAGGAGGAGGAGGCGCUCGAGGCGGAGGCUGCGUCGCAGGAGGGGCCGUCCAAGCAGCGGGAGGCUUCUCGACGGCAUAGCAUCUCGUCCGGCGAUGGAUGA